AUGCUAAAAAUUAUUAUUGCAACCACCAUACUAAUCCCAACAGCCCUAAUCCUAAAGCCCAAAAUCCUAUAUCAAACAAUAAUUUCCUACACUUUUAUCCUCGCCUUCCUUAGCCUAAGCCUUCUAAAACAAGACCUAUACCUCAAACCCUUAUCCAACCUAUACCUAAACCUCGACCAAAUUUCAGCCCCACUACUGACCCUAUCCUUCUGACUCCUCCCACUAAUAAUUAUUGCCAGCCAACAUGCAAUAACACCAGAACCUGUUCAACGACAACGAACAUUCAUAGCAACUAUCAUAAUCCUACAAACCACAAUCUCACUCACCUUCACCGCCUCAAACCUAACCCUCAUAUACAUCAUAUUUGAAGCCACUUUAAUCCCCACCCUCAUCAUCAUUACACGAUGAGGGCAACAAGCAGAACGGUUAACAGCGGGAACCCACUUUAUAAUAUACACCCUAACAACUUCAAUACCUCUACUAAUAGCUAUUCUAUUCCUAAAUAAUACAUCCAACACUCCAACACUAUUAUUCCUAGCAACCAAAACAAAUAACCACUGAACAAACCUCAUUCUAUGAUUAGCCUGCCUAGCCGCCUUCAUAGCAAAAAUACCACUUUAUGGCCUCCACUUAUGACUUCCAAAAGCCCACGUAGAAGCACCAAUUGCCGGAUCAAUAGUACUCGCAGCAAUUCUACUAAAACUGGGAGGGUAUGGCAUCAUCCGAAUAAUACAAAUUCUUCCCACAACAAAAACAGACAUAUUCAUACCAUUUAUUGUAAUUUCCCUAUGAGGAGCAAUCCUAGCUAACCUCACCUGCCUUCAACAAACGGAUCUAAAAUCUCUAAUCGCUUACUCAUCAGUAAGCCAUAUAGGCUUAGUCAUUGCAGCACUUAUAACACAAACCCCAUGAGGUUUAGCAGGAGCCAUAGCCCUAAUAAUCGCCCACGGUUUCACAUCAUCAAUACUAUUCUGCCUAGCUAACAUCACAUACGAACGCACACACACCCGAAUUCUAUUACUCACCCGAGGCUUCCACAAUAUUCUCCCAAUAAUAACAACCUGAUGACUAAUCGCAAACCUUAUAAACAUCGCCACUCCACCCAGCAUGAACUUUACCGGUGAACUCCUUAUUAUUUCAGCCAUAUUCAACUGAUGCCCCCCAACCAUAGCCCUCCUCGGCCUAUCUAUACUGAUCACCGCAACCUACUCCCUUCACAUAUAUCUAUCCACCCAAGCAAAUAAACCACUAAUAAACACCCCAACUCAACCCACCCACACUCGAGAACACCUACUCAUAACCCUGCACAUCCUCCCACUCAUUUUAAUCUCAAUUAAACCAGAACUCGUACUAAGA